UUUAACAAUAAAUACCAAAUUAAAUAAAUAUUCAAGAUUCUCAGCUGUUUCAUGCAUCAUUUGUCAGUGCAAAAGAGUUAAAAUGUUUCCCCGGAAAUUAAUUCUUCGGUCGAUUUCGAAGAACCGAUAUUUCAAUUUUUCUACAGGAUUUAUCUCGCGGAACCAAGAAAAGGUGGAGAAUGAGUCGGAGAGAAUGAAAGAAUUUCGUGAGAAACUCAAGUCGGAAAUGACUGCUGAUGAUCUUCUUCUGAUCGAAGUCGAUCCCAAGAGCGGUGAAUACAUCCCCGAAUCGGAGAAGAAUCCGACAAAAUGGGGUGACUGGCAGAUCGGUGGACGUGUUAGCGAUUUUUAAAAUUCCCCCAUCACCCCAAUCUCUCACAUCCCCCUCGUAUUUUUGAGUGCAAAAAUUCGUUUAUCCAAAUGUACAAAGGAAAUGAUAACAAUAUCAAUUCAUUUCUUUUUUAAUCUACAAAAAAUACCAAUAAUGUUUCUUAAUUUUGAUACAUUAGUCAAUACUGGUAUUAGAUCUUUCGUUAUCAUUGAAAUCCAUAGUCACGAACGGCAAACGAUGAUAAUACCUCAAAAAGAGAUAUUAAUACUCAGAUGUCCUCAGAAUAGAAUAAAAAAAUUAUUUUACCUAAGAACAGUAAUUUCACAACGACUUAAUCUACUACAAUAAACUGCUGAUUCAAUCGAGAGAAACUGAA